UUGACUGUGACAAUUCAUGGCGCAACGCAAAUGUAAAAUUUCUACAAUGCGCCCCCAUUGCUAUGGGUAAUUCUUGCUGUAACCGAAAGAAGGAGAAAAAGAAAAUCGUAUUGCUGUUAGUCGGAUUGGAUAAUGCAGGAAAGAGCGUCGCCGUCAAGGGCCUUGCCGGGGAACCUCUGGAUACGGUAAUGCCCACGGUCGGCCUAUCCGUCACCUACCUAAAGUACGGCAGUUACUCGGUUAAGGUUUUCGAUCUGGGAGGUGGACCGGAUAUUCGCGGAAUUUGGCAACGGUACUUUGUCGAUGUGCACGGUGUAAUCUUUGUCGUCGACUCCAGCGACUACCACCGUCUGGACGAGGCCAGGGACGUCCUCAACGAUAUGCUAUCGCACGAGAAGAUUAGAGGUAAACCGAUCCUCCUGCUCGCGAACAAGCAGGACCGGCAGGAGGCGCUCGACGAGCUGGACAUCGUCGAGAAGUUGGAGCUGGAACCUUUGGUGAACAGUCGACGGUGCCCCACCCUUGUCGAGACGUGCGCGGCGACCGAUAAGUCGCGCCCCGAUCCGGGCAUACAAAAGGGAUACCAUUGGCUGAUCAAUUUCAUCAUCAGAAACUAUCCAGUUCUCAACACGCGCGUGGAACAGGACGUCAGGCAGCAACGUCUCGAGGAACAGGCCGAACGUUUGGAGAAGAUCGAGAAAUUGCGCAAGUUCAACGAGGGUGCGCGAGUGGACGACGACCUGAUCGAGUCCUAUUCCGAUUACGAUCGUAAAUUGAACGGUUCCGUAGUUCGCGACGACAGUCUGGACGAGUCCAAAGAUAUUUUUUACAUCAGAACCGAUUACAUUAACCGCGGGGGAAGCUUUUCGAGUUCGAAAUCGAACGACUCGUUCCCCUGUACGUAUCACACAGAGGAACGGCCCAAGUCGGCCGUGCAAUGGGUGAAAAACCAGCUCGCGAACUCGCAGAGUACGCUUCCGUUUGUCGGUCUUUUGGCCAAUAAAACGACACCCGUCCAUUUAUACGGGGUGCACCCGCAAAGUGCAAGCGAACGUCGACGGCAGUUUGUCGGUAGUGUCAGGACACAAUCGGCAGGCGCGAGGGUUCCGACUGUGGACGGUAGAAGCGAGUUGUUUCAUUUAAAUAACUUCCACGUACCCGGGACGAAGGAGAAUGGCACCCGCUGGGCGGAACGGAGGAAAGUUUAGAAUAAGUUAGGCUUAAGCGUAAA